ACAUUCUCUGAUAUCAAGUUCAAUGGAAUUCUUGUGAGUUGGCAGCAUCUUUGAUAUUCAACGUGUCAUGGAGAUCAUAUAAUGACAUCAAAUUGUUGACUUUCCAUACAAGAAUGCCUUUUACGCAGCGGCAACAAUAAUCAGGUAACUAGCUUCUCUCUCUCUCUCUCUCUCUCUCUCAUGUUUUGUUUUAAAUUGUCAUUUCUGCAAAGUGCAGAUAUUACAGAGCAGAAGAGUAAUUUAUCGUUUGCAAACUUAUUGGUUAGCUAUAGUAGCUCUUUACCUUCAUGUUUAGCUACUAGCUUGUGCACUUUCGAUACAACAAGCUUCUGUCGAGUACAAAAGUGCAAAGACGAUGGUUUUAACGUAUGACAUGAGUGCCUAGCUCCAAUAAGACAUCAUUGAUGUUGGAACUUUAUAUUUGGUCCAGUUAUUUGUAACGUGUUGGAACUUCUACACACAACUGUUUCCCAUAUAUACAUCUGUCGAGUUGUGAACUAUUGGCCGAUUUCCUCAUAUGUAUAGUGUAUCUUAGUAUUUGGUAAUACGUCUGUGUAAUAAUUCAUGGGCUCGUUUGGUACUCUUGAUUGGAAGAAUGGAUAACCUACUAAACUAAAGGUAUGUUAAAGGGAGAAACUAUAAAAUUAUAACCACCUAGAGAAUAAAAGAUGGAUUACUCGAUGAAAAAAGGUUAUCCGUUCCAAUCGUUUUUAAAGGUGGUGGGAUUAGAAGGGAUGAAUUUCCUUCAAAGCUAAUCCUAUCCUAAUCCCUCCACAAGAAAAUUCAUUCAUUUCACGUUCCAUAUAAAUUGAAAUUUGAGAGCACUCCAUUCCAAUUCAAUCAUGUUUGCCAAACGAGUCCUAUGUCCAUACAUGACGGGAUCUAGAUAUGUAAUAAACUAGGGGCAGUAGUUUUUGACAUGACAUGACCGGACACGAACCUAACACGAGAUUGACGGGUUAGCAGAUUUGAGUUAACAAACAAGGUUUUAGUUGAGUGAUAAGGCUUGUGUUUUAGUCUAGUGAUCAGGUAUGGGGUUUUAUAUAUUCCUCGAGGUACCUAUCUAGCUACUUACUAUGUGUUUUUCUUUUUAGCCUCUUAAAAGAUUGUAGGGUUUCUACUUAGUAUUAAGGUAUGGUGGUAUUCUUCUUCACUUGUAAGUGAUAGGUCAUAAGUUUGAAUGUCAUGAAUGGCGAGUUUGAUACUAAUUUAUUCUCCACACCUUACUUGUAAAUAUAUUAGCAUUUGCGUUUAAGCCACACAAAAAAGGACAAAUGCAGUGGACAUGAGGAAACUUAUAUGUAUGCGGUCAACCUUGCGAAAUGAACAACAUGUCAACAUGUAAUUAAUAUGUUCCUGUCUUCUAGUCUUUGGAAAACAAUUGAUGCUUGAAAAACAACAAAAUACAUGUUGCCAAUGGGGAAAAACGGCAAAAUGUAAGCUCUUCAUCAUUCAUUGCUAGGUCAAUGGCUGCUGCUAUAAGCCUUACGCGGCUGCAUGAUGCUUCUUCUUGCUUUUACCGAUGUAGCUACCAUGCAUUCUUGAGUUUCAGAGGUGAAGAUACCCGCAAGGGAUUUUCUGAUCACCUCUACCGAGCUUUGGAGCUGGCAGGAAUUACCUUUAGAGAUGAUGAUGAAAUUGAGAGAGGAGCAAAUAUUACAGCAGAGUUGCAUAAAGCAAUAAACGAGUCCAAAGUAUCAAUAAUCGUCUUCUCCAAGAACUAUGCAACCUCUAGGUGGUGCUUGGAUGAACUUGCAAGGAUCAUGGAACGAAGAAGAAGUGAUGAUGGACAUUUUGUUAUGCCGGUUUUCUAUGAUGUGGAUCCUUCCCAUGUCAGGAAACAGACUGGGAGCUUCAGAGAAGCAUUUUGUAGACACGAAAAGCGUUUCAAGGAGGAUAUGGAUAAGGUGGAGGAGUGGAGACGAGCACUUAGAGAUGUUGCGGAUCUGGCAGGGAUGGUUUGGAAGAUAGCAAUAAUUCAUAGGUACGUGAACAAUUUGGAUCAAUUUAACGCAAUUCUUGGAAUCAGGGAAUGGUUUUAUCCAGGAAGUAAAAUCAUCAUAACAACAAGACACAAAAAUUUGUCAAGGGCACAUGAAGAUCAUGCAAUGUUCAAGGUUGAGGAAUUGAAUGAGUAUGAAUCGCUUGAGCUUUUCAGUUGGCAUACCUUCGGACAAUCCCAUCCAAUUGAAGGUUACAUGGAACUUUCAAGAUCUGUUGUAAAACAUUGUGGAGGGCUUCCGUUGGCUCUUCAAGUUCUCGGGUCUACCUUGUCUGGGAACGAAGUAGAUGUAUGGCAAAGUGCAUUACAAAAGUUAUACGAAAUUCCUAAUGGCAAAGUUCAAAAUAUUCUUCGAAUAAGCUAUGAUUCUCUACAAGAUGAUCAUGACAAAAAUUUAUUCCUUCACAUAGCCUGUUUCAUCAUUGGAAAGGAGAAGAAUUUUGCAAUUAAAGUACUGGACGGCCUUGACUUUUACACGAGGAUUGGAAUUCAAAAUCUGGUUGACAGAUGUCUCGUAAAAAUAGAUAAUGAAGACAACAGGUUGAGCAUGCAUCACUUACUUAGAGACAUGGGAAGGGGAAUUAUUCGGGAAGAAUCGCCUCAAGAUCCUGGAAAACGUAGUAGAGUGUGGCAUAAAGAUGCCUUUAACAUUUUGAGAAAAAGAACUGGUACAGAAAAGGUUAGGGGCCUCAUGCUCAACCUGCCCGUGUUGAUGGAAGAUGAGUCUUGCAAGACAUUAUUUGGUAAAAGUAACAGAAAACGGUGCCAUGUUGAAGAUUAUGAAGGAAAUGCUUCAAGACGUCGUCAGAUUUAGCUUUUCCUCAACAAAUUUAGCUCAACGUUCUGCAUCAAAUGAGAUGGAAUUCAAAAAAGAGGCAUUUACAGGGAUGAAUAGUCUUCAGCUUCUCCUGCUCAAUAAUGUCCAAAUCAAUGGAGACUUUGAGGAUUUUUCGAAAAAUUUGACAUGGUUGUCUUGGCGAGGAUUUCCUUUAAAAUCAAUACCAGCCAAUUUUUUCUUGGAAUAUCUAGUUGUUCUUGAGUUGCGGAAUAGCAGCCUGGAACAUGCUUGGAAGGGAACCAGGGUACAAUACUCUCUCUCUCUCUCUCACAUUACCUGUACACAUACUAAUGGAAAAUACUAUACUCAUGAACCUUAAUUUGCAUCUCGCUUUUAUAGUUUCUUGGAUGGAUGAAAAUUCUCAAUCUCAGUCAUUCGCACAGCCUUAAAAACAAUCCCUGACAUGUCGGGACUCCCUAACCUUGAGAAACUAAUUCUUCAAAAUUGCAUAAAUUUGGUCGAGCUCGAUGAGUCAGUUGGAGACUUAGAGAAACUUGUUUUAUUGAAUCUAAGAGACUGCAAAGAUCUCACGAAGAUUCCAGCAUGUGUCUAUUGCUGCAAAGAAAUUCAACCUGUUAUCAGCUAAACUAUGGCAAUCUAUCGUGUUGUGGGUAUUA